AUGGCCCCUCCUGGCGAAAAAAGAUCAAAAGAUCGCGCGCCCUCUGGCCCGAAGAAAGUGAAAAACCGUGACGGCCCGAACAUUGGCACUCAGAACGCACCGGACACGUCGGUCCUCGGGGACCGACCCGAAGGAUCACGACGACAAGAGGGCUCAAAAAAGAAGAAUACCAACGCCAUCGCAGAUAUGCCAAGAAGGUUAGCAGGAGGCAAAAAACCCCACCAUUGUCCAUCAGGAGAGCACAAGAGCGACAAGGCUUGUAGAAAAGGCCGUUGUCUUAUAAAGUGUUCUGAAUGCGCCUCCAAUCGCUCUACGUUCGGAGGAUCGAAAUGUUGGGUUUGUAAGAAAGCCGAGAUCCGUCUGGCACAGAUAGCAGCGAGGCAGGCGGGUGGCGUCGCCAACAAGGCGUUGCUUCCUCGGCAACGGCCUACGCGCGUCACCAAAAGGGGGACAUGGCUCCGUAUGGGAUCCCUCAGGCGUCAUUACCAGGUCGCGUGGGCCAAUCGGCUCCGGAGGGUCAUCUCGGCGAAGAGUCUCGAGGAUGUUCCCGAAACCACCUACGUCGACACGGCUAUGGACGUCUGCUCUACCCCCAGCGUUGCUGAAUUCGACACUUAUAUGGGCGAUGUCGAUGACGAGUCCGAUGACGAGCCCGGCCUUUCACCAGCUUAG